AUGUUCGGCCCGAAGAAGUCCUACGACAGCCCCCCUGCCGGCUACGGCCCCCCUGGGGAGGACUACGGGUACCCCAUCCCGUCGCCCCCCCCGGGCUCCUACUACGUGGAGGACCAGCCCCAGCACUUCUACAAGUGGACCUCCCCACCCAGCGUGGUGCGGAUCCUGGAGGGGCUGGGCAUCCUUCUGUGCGUGGCCAUCUUCGCCUGCGUGGCCUCCACCCUCGUGUGGGAGUACGGCUACGGGGGGAUCUACGGCGGCACCAUGGGGGGCUACGGCGGGGGCUACGGCGGGGGCCUGGGCGGCGGCUACUACGGCGGAGGCAUGGGCGGUGGAUACUAUGGUGGCUACGGCAUGGGGGGCUACUACGGGGGCAUGACCAACCCCCGCGCGGCCAACGGCUUCAUGAUCGCCAUGUCGGUGCUGUGCUUCAUCGCCCUUCUGGCCCUGGCCAUCACCAGUCUCACCAAAUCCGGCGGGGCCCGAUCCAGGCGCUUCUACUUGGUGGUCCUGGUGGUCUGCCCCCUGAUGGCCUUCCUCAUGCUGAUCGCCUCCAUCGUCUACAUCAUGGGGGUCAACCCCCAGGCCCAGAUGUCCGGCAGCUACUACAACUCCAACCCCAUGCUGGCCAUGUGCAACCAGGUCUACGCCGGGGGAGCCUACUACAACCAGUAUCUCUACCACUACUGCAUCGUGGACCCCCAGGAGGCCGUCGCCAUCGUCUGCGGAUUCCUUCUGGUGAUCCUGCUCUGCAUCAUCUGCUUUUUCGCCCACAAAACCCGCCAGAAGAUCUGGCAGUUUGGAAAGCAAAAUAUUUACUGGGACCGGCCACCGGCGAUGGAGGAGGGUCCCAACGUGGAGGAAUGGGUGAAGAACGUGGAUGGCCGGGCCAGCCCCACCGACACGGUCACCCUGGCCUACUCGGAGAAGCCCACCAGCCCCGUCAAUGCCCUCGCCAGCCCCCCCAACUACACAGAGAAGGACUACUACUCCAAGGUGGAUAGCCCUUUGAUGGGGCUGAUUUCCUGGCCUGUCUUUGCCCCCCCCAGCUCUCCCUUCCAGCCCCCCCUGGACAAGCGUGCUCGGACGCUGAGCUCCAGCACCUGGGAGGAGAAAACCCAGGAGCCCCCCAGGAAGCCCCCCGCCCACAGGGGCCGAAGGUCGCGCAAGAGGAGCCCCGAACUGGAGGAGUCCCAGUACGAGACGGAUCCCACCACGGCCAUGGAGUCCAGCGACGAGCAGGACCUGGAUGAUUGGGGCAGCCACUACCCACCGAUCACGUCCGACAGUGCCCGCCAGGAAUACAAGCAGGAUUUUGACAGCGACCUCAAGCGCUACAAGCAGCUCUGUGCCCAGAUGGAUGGCAUCAACGACCAGAUCAACCAGCUCAGCAGGCAGCUGGACCAGUUGCCGGAGGGCACCCUCCAGUACCAGGGCGUGGCAGAGGAGUACAACCGGCUGAAGGAGAUGAAGCGGACGCCCGAGUACCGCAGCCAGAAGACGGAGACCAAGUCCCUGAGGAAGAAGUUGUUCCACAUCAAGCGGAUGGUCAGCGACUACGAUCAGCACCGGGGCUGA